AUGGCAAACAAUGAAAGAAAAAGAAGAUUUUUAUCACAAAACAAUCUUUUUCAUCAUCUUCGUGUACAAUGCUAUCCGCCCGAAUUACAACAUCAAAUCGAAACAUUAACACGACACAUCGACUCUACCUCACAUCGAAAAAAAAUUCAAGACGUCCUUUGGAAAUACGGUAAACUGUUCGAUCUACGUCAGCCAUCAAAAAUCAAUAUCACUCUCGAUCAUGUGAUCGAUACCGAUCAACAUCGACCAAUCUAUACUCCACCUUAUCGACGUUCACCUCAAGAUCAUCAAACUAUUACCGAAGAAACAGCCAAACUUUUAAAACAAGACAGUAUCGAACCAUCAACAUCACCUUGGUGUUCGCCCGUCGUAUUAGUACGUAAGAAAGACGGUACUACACGAUUUUGCGUCGACUAUCGAAAACUGAAUGAUAUUACUGUAAAAGAUUCUUUUCCACUACCUCGUAUCGAAGAUAUUUUCGAUCAACUGUCUCAAUCAACCUGUUUUACCACACUAGACUUUAAGAGCGGAUAUUUUCAAAUACCAUUAGCAAUUCACGAUCGUCCUAAAACGGCAUUUUCCACUCGUGAUAAUCAUUAUCAAUUCAAAGUCCUUCCUCAAGGUGUCAAAAAUGGUCCACCUACAUUCCAACGUAUUGGAGCUGAAUACUACCGUAAAUUCAUCCCCAACUUUUCUCGUAUUGCUAGUCCAUUAUAUAAAUAUAAUCCUUCCAGCUAUACACAUCCAUCUAAUAGUAAAUCUACACUUUUCAAAUUAUCUACCGAAGAACAAGCUGCUUUCGAACAACUCAAACACAUACUUACUACUGAUCUUGUUCUUCGACUCCCCAACAAUCAACUUCCUUUCAAAAUACAAACAGAUGCUUCACAACUUGGCAUCGGUGCUGUUCUAUUACAAACAUAUCCUGAAGGUGAUCGUCCUAUAUGUUAUAUGUCUAAGAAACUUACACCUACUCAACAACGCUGGUCUCCAAUCGAAUAG